AUGGAUAACUCGAAAAACAGGCAGAGUGAUCACUUGGGUGUGAACAGGAUAGGCAAGAAUAUAAAGAAGAGUCCUUUGCACCAACCCAAUUUUGCUAACAAUCCCAAUAGGCAACAGCCGCAACCUCAGGUCUACAACAUAAGCAAGAAUGACUUUAGAAAUAUUGUUCAGCAACUAACCGGUUCCCCAUCACAAGAACCAUUGCCUAGACCUCCCCAGAAUCCGCCUAAGCCUCAAAGUAUGCGGUUGCAGAAGAUAAGACCGCCUCCAUUAACACCUAUCAAUCGACCCCAUAUUCCACCUCCAGUCCCAGCUCCAGCAGUGGCUCCACCUCCAGUUCCUUAUCACAAUGCCUUUGUUAGGCCAGGGAUGCCGCCCCCUGCUGGUCAAUUUGGGUUACCAUCUCCAACAAUGAUGCCACCAUUGACACCUGGGGACUCAGGUUGGGCAAAUACAGCAGAGUCUCCUAUCUCGGCGUAUAUGCGUUACCUUCAGAAUUCAAUUAUAGACCCCGGUCCCAGGGGAAACCAACCCCAUCCUCCACCGCAACCCCAUCCACCACCACCACAUGGACCAGGGCAAAUUCAUCCUCAACAUCGAUUUUCUCCUGGUGGUUUGCUUCCAAAUCCACCUCUGCCUCCAGUACCCAUGCCUGGAGUGAAUGGUCCUGUCCCGCAUAUGCCCAGUCUCCCUUCCCCACGAAUGAAUGGCUCUCAGCUGUUACCCUCGCCAACAUCUCAAUUCCUUUUGCCCUCUCCUACUAGUUACAUGAAUUUGUUGUCUCCCAGGUCACCUUACCCACUGCUUUCUCCUGGUAUUCAGUUUCCUCCACUGACACCAAAUUUUGCAUUUUCACCUAUGGCUCAGUCAGGGAUUUUAGGUCCAGGGCCUCAACCUCCACUUUCUCCAGGUUUUUUUCCAUUAUCUCCCUCAGGUUUUUUCCCUGUAUCAAGUCCAAGAUGGAGGGAUCAAUAG